GCAUCUUUGCUUCCACUAUGAAGUAUUAUUUCUAAGUUAGUGAGAAGACGCCUGGCAGAGUAGUUCCAAAAUCUUUAUGCAAUUGGUUUCAAGUUUUCAAGUGAUCCCGAUAAUAGUUAAAUAUAAUUAAUUUGUGUAUAAUAAGACAAAAUAAUAAAUUUCAAGAUAGUUCUCAUCGGAUAACGUUUGUUCUGUAAAAAGUGCAAUUUUCCGCUGUAAAAGGAACUGAAAUCUCCGGAACAAUGUUUCCUCUCCGAUAUUAGUUUCUAAUCUCUCUCUUGCUAUAUAUUGGUCAAACUUACCCUGCUUAAAUUAACAUUAUCUGAUUACUCACCCCAACUGCUAUGCAUGCUGACUACUGUCCAUUUUAAUUCAAUAAACACAAAGAGAGCGCCGCCUUCUUCGAAUCAGUGAAAGUUAUCAGUUCUUUUUCCACAAGUGCCGAUUGAGGGCAAUCGUAUUAUUAUAUGUAUUCAUGAGAACUUUUGUUACGAUUGUAAAUAAAGACUUGGUCGAAUAAGAACAAACUUAUUGACCGUCAGAAGUGGUGUACUGAGCGAGCCUCUCAUGUACUUAGUAGCAGUUUUGUUCGUGUACAUUACAUACCAUCUCUGUAUGCGGCCGCCGAGAAACUUAUCAAGAAACUGAACUCAUAGGCAGUGAUAAGAAAUUUCGCCGGGGCUAGAAGGACGUAAUUUCUCCUGUUUAAGUGUUAGAAUUCUAGUGAUCCUUCGAUUAUAAUUGAAUCGUGACCAAACUAUCCUAAAAUAAAUAUUAAGAAAAGCCGGAAAUUCAAUGCACAAAAUCUACAGUGGUCAUUACCGCUUGAUACGUUGCCCCGCAUACUGAUGGAUACGCUGGUUAAAUUGUUAUUAAUUAGUGCCUUGUGCGUUAGUGCCCUCAGUGAUGAUUCAACUCAAAAAACUGAAACUAGGAAAUAUCUUGAGAGAAGAUUGCAACAUGUUCACACAAAAACUUCAGCAGAAGUGCAGCAGAAAGCCGCCAGUGAAGUUCUCGUCCGCCUUCUACCAAAGCAUCGACAUCUAUUCAACAUAACAAUAAACCAAAGCCUUCCAACCAAUUCAUUCCAGCUCUUCAAAAAUGAAAAUGGUACGACUCUACAAAUAUCAGCCUCAAGUGGAGUAGCUGCCUGCAAAGGAUUUCACUACUAUUUCAAAAACGUGCUGGGUGGCCAUAUAUCUUGGAAUGGAAAUCGGAUUCCUCGCAUACCUGCCAUUCUACCCCCAAUUAACUACACGAGUCAAUCAGCGAGUGAAUUUGUUUACCACCAAAAUGUUUGUACCUGGUCUUAUAGCUACGCAUGGUGGACUUGGGCCGAUUGGCGAAGUCAUAUCGAUUGGAUGGCAAUGAUGGGAGUAUCUCUUACAAUCGCCCCCAUCCAAGAAGCGAUUUGGACCAGGGUAUAUCGAAAAUUUGGAUUAACAGAGGAUGAUAUUAACAGACAUUUUUCUGGACCUGCCUUUCUAGCUUGGCAACGAAUGGGCAAUAUUCAUGGUUGGCUCGGACCAUUAUCAUACAAAUACAGAGCUCAACAGUUGGCCUUACAAAAACAAAUCAUUCAAGCGGAACGCAGUCUUGGUAUGUCAGUGGCGCUUCCCGCAUUUGCAGGACACGUACCGAAUGCAUUCGCGAAGCUCUAUCCAAACGUAACCAUAACUCCCCUAAAGCCUUGGAGUCGCUUUCCAUUGGAAUAUUGUUGCACAAUGUUCGUUGAUCCCGCAGAAGAACUCUUUCAGAAAAUUGGAAAAGAAUUCCUACAGGAAGUGUUAAAAGAGUAUGGAACCAACCAUCUCUACUUCAGUGAUCCCUUCAAUGAAAAUCCGCCAGCAGUACUCAAGCCUGAAUAUAUGGCUGAAACAUCAUUAAAUAUCUACCAAGCAAUGGAACGAGUUGAUAAGGACGCAGUUUGGCUACUUCAAGAUUGGAUGUUUGAAGGAAACCCGCUAUGGUCCCAAGAUAUUAUUAAGGCAUUUCUUACUGCUAUACCUAUCGGGAGGAUGUUAAUUCUGGACCUGCAAUCUGAAAUAGUUCCGCAAUACGAAAGAACGCAUUCGUACUUUGGACAGCCGUUCAUUUGGUGCAUGUUACAUAAUUACGGUGGCACAUCAGGAAUGCAUGGUUCUCUGCACAUCGUUAAUAACAGAAUUGGCUUAACCUGGAAUAUGACGAAUAGUACAAUGAUUGGCGUUGGGAUCACAAUGGAAGGUUUAAAUGACAAUUAUGUUCUGUAUGAAUUCACCCUCGAAAGGGGCUGGCAAUUAGAUGAUUUCGAUGAAAAGCAAUGGUACGAUAACUUUACUGCGACGCGAUAUGGUCUGAACGAUCCAAAAGUCAGAAGAGCGAACGAUUUGCUUCGGAAAACAGUAUACGGCUACAGAGGACCCGAAAAACUGCAUGGUAAAUACUCCAUUGUUAAGAGACCAAGCCUUAGAUUUCCAACAUGGAUAUGGUACAAAAUUAAGGACUUCCAAUCCGCUUGGUAUUCAUUUCUAAAAGCAAAUCCUUCUUUUUAUAAAAGUCCACUAUAUCGACACGAUCUUGUAGACAUCACCAGACAAUUUUUACAAAUCAAAAUCGACGAAUAUUAUGUUAAUAUUGUGCAUGAAUACAAAGCACAAAAUUUACCAAUUUUGAGGAUAUUAAAUCGUGAUAUGCUUGAACUUUUUAUUGAUCUGGAAAAAAUUCUUAGGACAUCUCCAAGAUAUCUACUUGGUAAUUGGUUAACCGCUGCCAAACGGAUGGCAACAAGUCCACUGGAGAAACAAAUGUACGAAAUAAAUGCUCGGAAUCAAAUAACAUUGUGGGGACCAGACGGUCAAAUAACUGACUAUGCAAGCAAACAGUGGUCUGGAAUGGUUGAAGACUAUUAUUUUAAACGUUGGGAGAUGUUCUUGAACGAAUUAGAAUUGGCUCUUGAAAACAACCAAACAUUUGAUGAUAAAUCUUACAAAGCAAAGCUAUUUCGAGAGGUUGAAAACCCGUUCACGUAUAGCAAAAAAGUUUACCCGACUACGACAAGAGGUGACUCGAUUAAAAUAUCGGUGCAAAUCUACAAAAAAUGGAGCGAUCAUAACAAUAAACAUUAUUUGACUCAAAGGACACCUAUUCAAAAUAAAGCAGAUUUCUAAGUCA